AUGGAGAAUGUGCGAAAAGAAUUGACGAAAAGAAUCGUAAACGAAUGUAAAGAGAAAGAAACACCAGUAACCAAGGACUUGGCCUCGUUUUUGUUUUCUCUGUAUCAAUUAAAUCCAAUAUAUCGAAUAAAAGAAAACGAUGAGGAGGGCAAUGCGAGAUUAACCCAAGCGAUAAUGAAGAGGCUGUGUGACCAAAGCAAGCCCAGUCUGAUAACUUUGAAAAAUCAAUUGUACUUUGCCAAGCAUUAUCAUAAUAGAGACGAAACUGUCAAAAAGCAUCGAUUGCGACUGCAUCAAAAGACUAGACCUCUGGUUGCCGAAAUUUGCGAGACUACUAAAUUGGAUACCGGAAAGGACACGGAAAGAUUUUAUCAAAAAAUACUAGCAGUAAUAACGCUGCUAAGCGGUCUUGGAAGUCCUGCGAUCCCUUCGAUUUUAAGAGAGGUUUCGGUAGCGUUGCAGAGCGUGUUCCAGGCUUCCGAAUUAGCUCAUUAUGUGACUUUGCCAAAACGAGAGAAAGAAGAACAGUUGAUGGAGUUGAUGUGCAUAGUCGCUGGAAUCCGUUUAUUUAACAGAGAUUGUCAACGCGGCGGCGAGGGGAUCGAUGAUUUGCCCAGCAUCUUGCAAGAGGCUUUAACGAAGACGCGUAACUCUGUCCUUGAGUUAUUAGAGCCACUAAUGGCCAAGGUGUACAAAUUUACAGCUGUUGUGGAAAACGCGAUUACGCGCACAUCGAUCGACAUUGCGGAUGCUGACAGUUCAAAAGGAGCUACAUCUGACCUGGAAGAACAGAUCGAGUGGGCUAUCGAAAUGUUAACAGCUACUCGUCAGCAAGAGAUUUACAUUCGAAAGCUGUUGAGCGACGUGGAGCGCAGCGAGAGCACAAUGAAAACUCUAAUGGAUCGUCUUCAGACACGACUCUUUAAACUGCACGAUACUGUUCGAUAUAGAACAGCUGUUCCUAUCGCUCAAGUUUACCCACAAUUUAUUGAUCUAGCGGAUAUAUGGAUGAGUUUGCAAGAUGAGGUGAUUAUUUUGAGCAGCAUUAAUAAUUUCCUUUGGGAAUUACAGAAUUUGAGUAAUAAGAUUGUUUACGAUCAAACCAAGCUAGAUGACAUAUCUCAAAAUGUGGAUAUUUUGACUGAUGCUGAAAGAUUGGAACGUUCUAUGGGCAAUUUAAUAACGGAAUGUGGAGAAUGUUUAAUAUAUUAUCCAAAUGUCAUGAAGGACUUUGAGAAGAUUAACUUAGAAUUUUUAGGAUUUUGUGCAUGGACAUUCGCCACGACUAAGGGUGCUUUAAUACCGGGAAAUCCGAACAACGGUGUGGCAAAAUGGCGAGGAAAAUAUUACGCUUUUAAAUCACCCGAAGCAGCUGUUAAAUUUGGAGAAAAUCCCGAUAGGUAUGUUUACGAGGCGCUCAAUUUUGUUCGCAAUCAUCCGGAAUAUAUCCAUCUGUUCCAAUUACACGAAGAAAUUGAAGCCAUGCAAAGUCAAGAAGAAUUGACGGAGAAAGGAUUGCAAUUAAAAGUUCGUCAUAAUCAAAAAGUUCAAACAGACGUUCACAUACUUCCACCUUACAUUGAUAAAGAUUAUACUUCCAAUAUAUGGGAAUUAAAACGAAGAGCAUUACGCUUGGCAAACAUAAGUCGAUGCGUUACUCGUAGUACGCAGACAUUCAACUCGCACUUUCGAUAUGGUGUUUACGUACAAGCGUCCCCGCCUCAGGAUAAGGAAGUUCAAACUAGAAGAGAUAACUAUACAAACACAAAGAAUCUCAAAACGUUUAUAUUUGGUCUGCGAGGUAGACGGGAUGACAAUCAACAUGUUGUAUCGUUUUUGGAAGAGGAGCUUGAACACUUAUAAAAUUUAAAUCAAUUUUUUAAAUAAUUAAGUGAGUCGAAUUUUUGUAUACAUAUAAAUAAAUGUUUCAUCAAUAAAUAACACUCUCAUAUGAUGCGCAUUAAUCAUAUAACA